CACACACACACACACACACACACACACACACACACACACACACACACACGUGCAACCGAGCGUCGAGAGCAGCAUCGGUCCGAGCCGCUGGUGGUUGCCCUUCACCGCUUCGCCGAGGCACGAAGCCCGCCGGGAGACGACGACGACUAAGAGGGGAAGGAGAAGAAACCCCCCCGUUGAUGGGAAGAGGAGGGUCGGGGCUUGUUUUGGGAGGUGCUAGAGGGAAAGAGCGAGAGAGCUGUUGCAAGAGAACAUCACAACAUCGCAGCAGCUUGCAGAUGUGGAAGGAGCGCCGCUCAAGUUCCCGUCCUGGGUGUCCCGCCCAGUGAUUGUAGCUCAGAGCCGAAGAAGAGGAGGAGGAGGAGGAGGAGGAGAAAAAAGCAGAAAGGGUGCCAUGGGGGUCAGCCUCAGACAGGAUGUGGUUUGGCUCCUGCCGUUCUUCAUCCUGCUGGUGACGCUUAAUCUGCGGCCCGCCCGGGGUCAAGUAUGUCCUCAGCGCUGCGAGUGCGUUGCCAAACUCAAGACGGUCUCCUGCCACGGUAAGAGAUUGUCUGCGCUGCCUGACGGGAUUCCACUGGACACCAAGAUCCUGGACCUGAGUGCGAAUAAACUGCGCUGGGUGGAGCAUGGCGAUCUGAUAUCCUUUUCCAACGUGGAGAAGCUGGAUCUCGGUGAGAAUAUGAUCAGUGUCCUGGAACCGAAUGCUUUUUCUAGUCUGCAGAGCCUGCAGUCGCUUUCACUGAGGGGUAACCAAUUAAAACUGAUCCCCACGGGGGCUUUCUCACACCUUUCAAAUCUCACCUCUCUGGACCUUAGUGGGAAUAAGCUUGUGAUUCUUUUGGACUUUACUUUCCAAGACCUGAAGAGUCUGCGGAACCUGGAAGUUGGCGACAACGAUCUGGUGUAUAUCUCCAACAAGGCCUUUUUGGGUCUGGUGGCACUGAGAGAGUUGACCAUCGAGAGGUGCAACUUGACUUCGGUAUCCAGUCAGUCUUUGUCCUACCUCCACAACCUGGUAACCCUGCGGCUCCGCUACCUGGGCAUCUCCACGUUAGAGGACCAGAACUUUCGUAAGCUGGGAAACCUGAGGGGUCUGGAGAUCGAUCACUGGCCCUUUUUGGAAUACGUCACCCCCCACAGCCUCCAGGGUCUCAACUUGUCAUGGUUGUCCAUCACGCAUACCAACAUCACCUGCGUGCCCACGUCGGCCCUACGAAGCCUCUCCCACCUCACCAGCCUCAACCUAUCCUUCAACCCGAUUUCGGUCCUGGAGUCCUGGUCGCUGAGAGACCUACUCCGGCUGAAGGAGCUGCAUCUGGUCGGCACAAGGCUGGCGACAGUGCAGCCGUACGCCCUGGGUGGUCUCCGUCAAAUCCGCCUGCUUAACCUCUCGGCGAACAACUUGGUGACUCUGGAGGAGGCAGCCUUCCAGUCGGUCAACAGCCUGGAGACACUCCGUUUGGACGGCAACCCACUGGCCUGCGACUGCCGCUUGCUUUGGAUCCUUCAGCGUCGGAAGACGCUGAAUUUUGACGGCGCCUCCCCGGUGUGCAUGACGCCCUUGGAGGUGCAGGGGCGAUCCUUGGGCGCGUUCUCAGAUGCAGCCCUCUUUGAUCAUUUCACCUGCCAGAAGCCCAAAAUCCGCAACAGGAAACUGCAGCAAAUAUCGGCUCGCGAGGGGCAGGUGGUGUCCUUCGUUUGCAGGGCGGAGGGGGAGCCCACGCCGGUGAUCUUCUGGAUAUCUCCGCAGCGGCGUCGCAUCACGACGAAGAGCAGCGGCCGCUUGACGGUCUUAAAGGAAGGCACCUUGGAAAUCAGGUAUGCCCAGGUGAUGGACACCGGAACCUACAUCUGCAUUGCCAGUAAUGCAGGAGGGAAUGACACGUACUUUGCUACGCUCACAGUCAGCGGGCUGCCACUCGACGCCGCCCUCAUGGCCAACCGCACCUACUACGCCGGGGACCUUAACGACACAAACCUGAAUGACACGAGAGUUUUCCUCAAGUUCACUCUGGACCUGAAGACGAUCCUCAUCUCCACGGCGAUGGGCUGCAUCAUGUUCCUGGGGGUGGUCCUCUUCUGUUUCAUCCUGCUCUUCGUGUGGAGUCGCGGGAAAGGACAGCACAAAAAUAAUUUCUCCGUCGAGUACUCUUUUAGAAAAGUGGACGGGCCGGCCACCAGCGGAGGGCAGGGCGGUGCCCGCAAGUUCAACAUGAAGAUGAUUUGAUCCUCCUGGAGAGCUUUUAAACUUUUUUUGGAUUGCUUCUUUGCUCAUCUCUGACAGGAAAUGAGGACACCUGAAGGAUGGCUGCCUUGCUUGAGAUCACUCAUGUGAAUGUUGAGAGGACACAAGUUGGCACUGAUCCCCACCACACACACACACACACACACACACCGACGCACACACACCACCACAUACACUUAAUUGUACAGUGUUCUUUCCCUAAUGCUGUUUUUCAAUGUCAAGGACAUUAAUCACUUUCUCUUUGUGCUUGCAACGUUGACCACAUUUGUUUUUGACAUUCUGGGAGAAAAACAACCUCGAGUCAUGAGAAACUAUUCCAAAGGUGUAUAUGUAACAUCCGAGUGCGCUUUGAUGAGAGUUACUCACGGGAAGGGAUGAUAAUGACAACCUCUGACGACUGAGCUUUUGAACAUGUUAUUCUCUGUGUUCUGUUACAACUGGAAAUGAAACCAAGCAAUGAAAACAUGCUAGGAUUUUAAUCCGUAUCUCCGGUCACUUCCUCCUUCGAGCACACCAUUUCCACAAGACAUUAAACAAAACCACUAAUCGCUUUUACACGGGUCUUCGGUUUUCCACAGAAUCCACAUGAGACAUUUCAAGGAUACAAACGGCGUGCAGUGAAUUCAUAAGAAUAUAUUGCCACGCUCAUUUACCCCCAUACUAUUUAUUUUUCAUUCAUUAAUUCGUUCUAAAUUUGAAAAAAAUUCCCGUUUCUUAACAUGUCUGUGGCAUGCAAAAAACGAAACAACAAAAAAAAAAAACCUCAAGUCAUCUUCAACUUAGCAAUCGUGUGCUGCUGAUCAGAAGCUAACCUUGCUAGCUAACGCGAACGUUUACAUCCAACCAAACUCAGUGCAGCCCUGCUUACCUUUUGCCAUUGACAUGACACCAGUGUAAGAUGUGGUUGUUUCCUCGUGGUGGCCUCUCCCCAUGACAGCGUUUCAGCCAGUGUCGUGCAGCAGUUGCUUGAAAGUGCCUCUGGAUCUUCACCCAGCCUAUCUCAUCAUAUCAUGGGUGCAGAAACUUGUGGGGGCAGUUAUGUAAAUGAGCCCCACUGUUAUGUCACGUAACACUGCAGUAUGACUCGCUCAGAGACACGUUUUCAAAAUAGGCAGACAAAAUCGUGACUUGAUUUGAUUUGGCACUCGAUGGGUGGGACGGCACUCCAGUCACAUAACUAUUUGUAGAAAGGCCAUAAAAUGUCAUUUUCCCAUCAUGUGUCCUCCUUAAGGCUCAAGUCAAAAUGGGCCCUUAAUGUAUUUACAAAGAGACAGUACCAGAAGGAUUAAAUGGGAAUAUAGUGUCCAAAAUGUACGAUACUGUUUAGUAUUCUAUUGCUUCCUCGUGGCUUGUUUUAUACAAAGGUUGUGCAAUCACAUUUUACUGUUCAUUCAGCUGUAACUUUUUUUUUUUGCAAAGCAGGGUUAUGUCCCUUACAUUUUCUCUGUCUCUCUCUUUCUUUCCGCCGUCUCAAACUGAUCACACUCCCCGAGCUCAUAGCGAACGUGACCUUGUGCACUGGCACAAAGUGUUGUGAUGAAAAGAUGAACGAGAGCUCAGUGGGCCGUAAUCUUGUUACAUAGGAAUGGAGUUGCAAGAGAAAAUUGCAGGUUCUUUUCCAGAAAGAUAUCAAUGGAAGUUUAGCUAAGGAAUACAAAAGAGGGACGCUUUCCAUAGGAAUGAAUGGGAAUUGACUUUACACACUGCAGAACAAAGACCGGAUCUAAAAAGUCUACACACCCUUGUUCAAAGGCCAGAUUUCUGUGACAAGAACUAAUAAGACCAAAAUAAAUAAUUUCCACCAUUAGUGUCCCUUAACCUAUACAAAUCAAAUGAAUUUUUAGAAAAAAAAAAACAGUUUGAGAAUGAGAUAAACAACUGAAAUCAUGUGGUUGCAAAAGUGGGCACACUUAUGUUAAAAAUUAACCCAUCACAAUUCUGCUCGUAUUCAAUGGGUGCCAGCACACAUCUGCCACCAUUGAAAGAGCAAGACUAAAUAUUUUGUGCUAUCACUGCCUGCUAUUUGGAGGUAUUCAUAAUUCCUUGCACCUCGGAAAAGGCCCCAGUUCCAUCUGAAACAAAAAAACAGCCCCAAAGCAUGAUGCGCCCAUCAACAAGCCUCACACUAGGUAUGAUGUUGUUUUGGUGACCAGCAAUGUUGUGUUUUGUGCCAAACACACCUUGUGGCCAAACGGCUCAUUUUCCCAAAAUAGUUUUACACUCAAAAGCAAAAAAAAAAAAAAAAAAAGAAAGAUGUCAGGUAAAGCCGACUACAACAUCUGAACAUGGUUUUAACCCUUUAGAGGACAGCGAUUACGACAGUGGACAGUUUAUCAGGUGGCAGGCGUGAGCUGACUCCCUUGUAACAAGAGUUGGAAUGGAAUUGGUGAGUUCAAAACAUAGCCACAUAAUAUCAGUUUUACUUGGAGCUUUUUUUUUUAAUCAGUUAAAGUGUGUGGAUUGUAGGUCACCUUAAUUGUAAUUUUUAUCUCAAUGUCAAACAAAACAUGGCAUUUAUUUGAACAGGGGUGUGUGGACAUUUUGUAUCCUCUGUGAUCAUGAACAUUCACAAAGUUGAACGCUUCAACAAGUAUGUUUCGCAUUACCUUUGCCUUUUCAACGGGAUGCUCCUACAGAAUUUUGCCGAUUAUGGCUUGUUUCCAAACUUGUGUUGCAAGACCCCCCCCCCCCCAUUCAAAUUGAAGGACAAAAUUGAAACUUUUCCUUUUUAAUCCCGAAAAAGUCACAUUUCUUCUCAUUAAUUCUUAUCGAAGAAUCACUGUUAGGAUGCAAACACUGAACUGUUCAGUAUUCCACUUCAUAAUCAACGAAAAUCAAAUAUUAAUGGCCUCAUUAGUUUACACACUUGAUUUAGUUCCGCUCAAGGCAUUUCUCUUCGAGUGGAACUUGACAUUGGCUCCCCACACUGUUAACUUCAAGCCACACACUUAUUACUCUGCUGCCAUCUGCUGUAUUACCUUGUACUGGUUUGGUACAAGUUUGGAAUUACAAACUUGCAUUUUUUUUCAUUGUCUUUUGUUGAAAUCAUGCUGUAAAUAUUGAAACCACUGCCAUUGGAAAUUGUGCUGCUGUUUUUAAUGGUGGUGAUUCAUUUAUAUGUAUGUAUAUAUG